AUUAGGGAGAGGUCGUUUGCAUUGGAGGUGUGGUCUAGUUGUAAUAAUUGAAGUUAAUCAAGUUAAUGAAGUUAUUAAUAAAGCAGCCAUGAGUGACCAGGUGGAGGUGGAAGCUCAGUCUAAUUCUUUUCAAUGUGAUAUAUGUUUGAAGAGUUAUAAUCAAAAAUGUAGCUUAUCUCGACACAUCAAGUUGAAGCAUGAAGCUGAUGGGAAUAAAGAGAAUUCAAGUGGAACAAUACUGUGCCCAGAGGACUGCACUGAACGAUUUAUUACAAUGGAUCAAUUAAUCAUUCACCUAUGUUCUUGUCACAACAAAGCAAUUGACCUUGUUCAUCAGCAAUUCACCACGUUAGCUGAGUUUAUGCAGUGGAAAGAACAAUAUGAGACAAGUUCACGAUCUUCAUUUGUCCUACAUUCUUCUCCAAAGGAGCGUAGUUCAGCAGGCUAUGUAACUUACUACUAUUAUUGUAGCAGAUCUGGCAAGUAUAUUGGUAGAGGAAAGGGAAAGCGGCAAUUAAAAAUUCAAGGAUCUUCGAAGUUGAACAAUACUGAACCCAAGAAAUUCUUCAUUUCCUGUAAAGAAGCGACCAGCUCCAAAU